AUGACCACAGUGAGGGCUCUGUUAUCUGAGAAUCCAGCUGUGAUUUUUAGCAAAACAACAUGUUGUAUAAGCCACUCGAUCAUAUCACUCAUAAGAAAAUUUGGAGCAAAUCCUAUUAUUUAUGAGCUUGAUGAGCUUUCUAAUGGCGAUGGAAUUGAAGAAGAGUUAAUGGAGUUAGGUUGCAACCCUAGUGUGCCAGCUGUGUUCAUAGGGAAGAAGCUUGUUGGAGGUGCUAAUGAGAUUUAUAGUCUCAAUUUGGAAAGCAAGCUUAAACCACUACUCAUUGAUGCUAAUGCUAUUUGGAUGUAG